CCCUGCCUCAGCAUCACUUUUCUUCCUUCCCAGCAAACGAGUUGACGCCGCUUCGACCCUCGACCCUAGCGGCGCGAAGUCGCAUCGUCCCGCAGAUCUACCAAUCGGCCUUCAGCUUGUAUCACGUCAUUCACCAUGACCGAGCGGACCUAUGGCGUAACGCCGCCGAUCUCGACCGCUCUGCCGACGGAGCAAGAGAAAGCGCUGAACAAGGCGCUGCACGAUGAGUUGCGCGCCCAAGGCACUUUCGAGUCGCGCGCCGAGACGGAGAAAAGGAAGGAAGUCCUCGCCCAGCUUGAGAAGAUCACGAAUGCGUUCGUACAGAGGGCUGCGCGGGAGAAGCACGGAAAAAAUGCGAUACUGAUUCGCGAUGCCAUCGGCCGAGUCUUCACCUACGGGAGCUACCGCCUUGGAGUCUACGGCCCCGGGUCUGAUAUGGAUACCCUCGUUGUCGCACCGAAAUAUGUCACAGUGGAGCAGUACUUCCGCAUCUUCCCUGAAGUCCUCGUCGAGAUGGCCCCGCCCGCCGCGAUAACGGACCUGACACCCGUACCCGAGGCUUUCGUGCCCAUCAUCAAGUUUGAGUUCUCCGGCAUCAGCAUUGACCUCAUCUUUUGUUCCAUCCAAACUCUGAUCCAGCUGCCGGCCGAUAAGUCAUGGAGUUUGGCAGACAACAACCUCCUCCGCGGACUGAGUGAGAACGCAGUGCGAUCGCUAAACGGAACCCGAGUGACGGACGAGAUUCUGCAUCUCGUCCCCGAACCGGCGACCUUCAAGCUCGCUCUCCGAGCAAUCAAGCUUUGGGCGCAGCGCAAGGCCAUUUACGCCAACAUUAUGGGCUAUCCGGGCGGCGUCGCCUGGGCCAUGCUAGUCGCUCGCGUCUGCCAACUCUAUCCCAAGGCUACCAGCGCAGUAAUAGUGAACAAGUUCUUCAACAUCAUGCUCAAGUGGCCGUGGCCACUCCCCGUCCUGCUCAAGGACAUCGAAUACAACGGCCCGGUCACGCGAGUUCCCGUCUGGAAUCCCAAGCUCUACGCCAGUGAUAGAAAUCACAAGAUGCCCAUCAUCACGCCGGCCUACCCGUCCAUGUGCGCCACCCACAACGUUGGCCGGUCCUCCAUGGUGGUGAUCCAGCAGGAGCUGAAGAAGGGAGCGGAGGUAACAGAAGAGAUCAUGCUGGGCAGGCGGCCUUGGAAGGACCUCUUUACCAAGCACACCUUCUUCACAUCAGGCUUCAAGUACUACCUCACCGUCAUCUCGUCCAGCAGGACCAAGAAGGCGCAGAACGUGUGGUCAGGAUUCAUCGAGUCGAGGGUGCGUCUGCUGGUCAACAAGAUCGAGAUGCACCCUUCCAUAGCCCUGGCGCGCCCGUUCAACAAGGGCUACGACAGAAUGCACCGCUGCAAAAACGAUGCGCAGGUGGAGGAGGUGGUGUCUGCUGGCAGUCUUGCUUACGUGUACACGCCGCCCGCCUUUGGGGACGAAAAGGUCAAAAGCGAAACGAAAAGCGAGGUCAAGCAGGAGGUCAAGCAGGAGGUCAGACAGGACGACGUCAUCCAGGACGGGGUACCGGUAAAGCAGGAGAAAGCCGAGGUGAGGGCCGAAGACGGCGUGCGCAUUAAGCGGGAGCUUUCCGAGGAGGUCCAGCUGCCUCCGCCAACGAACGUCAAGCCCGAACCCCACGACGACGAGGCCAAGGUCAAGCUUGAGGAUAUCCCGGAGAAGGAGGCGCAGCCCGAAGACAUGGAGAUCUACACAACUAACCACUACAUCGGGCUGCAGCUGGUCGAGGGCGCGAAGUCACUCGACCUGUCGCGCGAGGUGAACGACUGGAAGGCCAUGUGCAUGUCCAACGAGCUGUACGAGGAAGGGCUCAUGUUUCUGUCGAUCCAGCACCUUAAGAACACGGCGCUUCCUGACGACGUAUUUGAGCCCGGCGAGGUCAAGCCUCGGCCGGGGAAGAAGGUGCUGAAGCGGGGCGCAUCAGAGGAGCCCAGUAAGCAGCAGCCUCCGGCUAAGAGGCAGGCUCAUGUCCAACCGCGAGCGCCCGCCGCCCAGCAGCCGAGCUCGACGGCGACCGCGGCGGCCGGUUAGAGACCGGAGGAAAAGGGGGUGAAGAGGGUGAGUUGAGAAGAGGGUACGGGCAUGGGAGUCGGGAGUUGUGCGAAAGGAAAUUGCGGUGCGUUGAUCUGGACUGGGCUGGGCUGGGCUGGGUCGGGCGCAGAGCUGCCCGUGUAUGGCCUGUUGUAACUACGUAGAUCUUCCUAGACUAAUAGACGCUAGGUUUUGAGGCACAAGAUGCCUCGCCAAGAGUUGGGCGUUUCCCUCGCUUCCCGUUGUGCUAACAUGACAUGCAUUGUGCAAGGUGCACGAGGCU